CUUACGGCCUCCAUAACUCCAUUUGUCUCCUUUUUCCAUUCUCCUUCCUUCCAUUUUUCUGAUCAACUCUUUUGACGUGUUCAUAGUUUGAUUCCAAUUCUAAUUCCAAUUCUAAUUCCAAUUCUUUUUUGUUUUUUGGAAUCGAGUGGAAUAAUUUGUGAGAUUCAGUAAGUUUAACUGUCUGACAUCGAUGGAAAAUAUGAAGAACUUGUUAAGUAUUAUUGUGACAAGAACUCGAGUUUCAUGUUUUUUGGCGGGAGGUUCUUGGUGAGUCUUUGCUUUUGCUUUUGUUUAAUCCGCUUGAUCGUGUAAAUUUGGCUGAAGAAACACAUGUAUAUGUGUGUUUGACGGCUAUAUUUGUUCAGAAAUUAAUGUUUACGUACCUAGGGUUCUAAUUGGAAGGACUGUGUGUGUGAAGAUUUCGGAAAAUAAUCGAUUGUUGUUAUUAGAAGAAAAUGACUUCGAAUCAUUCAUCAUUAGAAAUGCUGCAAGAACCGAGCAUCGACACCGAUAAACUCAGCUACGAGAUCUUUUCGAUCCUCGAGAGCAAGUUUUUAUUUGGUUAUGACGAUCAAAAGCUUUGGCAACCUAAACAGGUUUCUCCGGAAGUUUCUGUUGCGGCGGCUGACUACGAAGGUGUUCAAUCGAUUAAGAACCAAAGAGGCAAAAUCUGCGUUCUAUCGAUUGACGGUGGAGGAAUGAGGAGUAUAUUAGCCGGUAAAGCCCUAGCAUAUCUGGAAAACGCUUUAAAGGAAAAGUCCGGCAAUCCUAACGCGAGAAUUGCUGAUUAUUUUGAUGUUGCCGCCGGCACGGGAGUAGGAGGCGUCUUUACAGCGAUGCUGUUUGGAAGUAAGAACCAGAGCUGUCCGAUUUUCAAGGCGGAGGACACGUGGAAAUUUUUAGCGGACCAAGGGAAACGACUGUAUGAUCAGAAAUCAAGUUCAAGCGGUGGUGGAGGCCUAUUCAAAAGGAUUUUCCGGGGGCGAAGCGGUGGCGGUGGCGGUGGCGGAGGGAUAUCUCACGCUACAACCGGAUUUGAAAAAGCAAUGAAAGAAGCAUUCAUAGUGAACGGACAGAGUUUGACUUUGAAAAACACAUUGAAGCCGAUUUUGAUCCCCUGCUACGACCUCUCCAGCUCGGCUCCGUUCCUGUUUUCCCGAGCUGACGCUUUGGAAACCGACAGCUUCGACUUCCAGCUCUGGGAGGUUUGCCGCGCGACGUCAGCCUCUCCGGACUUGUUCGACCCGGUAUCUAUGAAGUCAACCGACGGAAAGACACGUUGUGUAGCGGUUGACGGCGGACUAGCUAUGAGCAACCCCACCGCCGCUGCGAUCACGCACGUGCUACACAACAAACAGGAGUUCCCGUUCGUGCGAGGGGUGGAGGACCUUUUGGUACUUUCACUUGGGACCGGUCAGCUUCUUGAAGGAAACUACAAUUACGAACAAGUCAAAGGCUGGAAACCCCACAACUGGUGUCGUCCCAUGGCUCGAAUUUCCGGCGACAGCUCUGCCGACAUGGUAGACCACGCCGUCGCCAUGGCGUUUGGCCACACCCGUUGUAGUAACUACGUCCGUAUCCAGGCAAAUGGUUCAAACAUGGGUCGGUGUGGGAUGAAUGUGGACUCGGACCCUAGUCCAGACAACGUAAAAAUGCUGACAGAAAUAGCCGAGGAGAUGCUGACACAAAAGAACGUUGAAUCAGUGCUUUUUGAGGGAAAGAGGAUCGGUGACCGGAGCAAUCUGGAGAAACUUGAUUGCAAACCUCCCAGAAACAACAACAGACAUAAUCAAACAGAACCGAGUUCCCUUCCCAUAAAGAUAAAGGGAGGGAGGUUGGAAAUAAAGUAAAGUAAUAUGUAGUAUGUAUGUACAUGAGGAUUAGGAGGAGCAGCUUUUACUUUGGGGGUAAAAUGAGUUGAAAGGACACUCAACUAUCAAAACAAGAAGAAAAAGGUAAGGUUAGGGAUGGAUUUUGAUGAAAUUUGUCUGGCUUGUAAGGAAAGUGGUGUCCAUUCAAUCACACCACCUUGCCCCACCUUACACUACCCUACUCUAUUUGUGAGGGGCAAAAAUGUAAAAAUAUGUGUACAAGUAUUAUAUAUGGGAAAUGGUCAAAGGAAGGGUGAGAGUGUUAUAAUUGUGUGUUGUUGUUGUUGUUAAUAGAGAAUUAUUGUUAAGUUGGCCCA